CAAGGUGGGAAAUGACAAACCAACCAUCUCUCUCUUGUAGAGAGCUACCAAAGCAUCAAAGUCUACGAAACUUCGAAGCCAUUGUUACCUUUCAGCCAUGUUUAGAAAGCUCCUACUGUGGUUUCUCCUCAUGAAAUAUGCAGCUCACAAAGGCGACGGCAGCGAUUUCAUUUACAAUGGAUUUCGUGGUGCUAACAUAAGCUUAGACGGAGCGGCAGAGAUCACAUCCCAUGGUCUCCUGAUUCUCACCAAUUCUGCACAACAAAAGGGCCACGCUUGCUACCCCAUUCCUCUUCACUUCAAACCUUCAUACGGUAAAAAUCAAUCUUUCUCUACCAAUUUCGUCUUUGCGAUCGUGCCCAAGUAUCGGAAUGUGAGUAGCUUUGGGGCCGCCUUCGUGAUCUCACCCUCAAAAGAGUUCCCAGUAGGUCAAGUGGGUCAGUACAUGGGCAUCUUCAAUCCAACGAACAACGGAAAUUUGUCGAAUCACAUUGCUGCCAUUGAGCUUGACACAGUCCUUAAUCCAGAAUUUGGUGAUAUCAAUGGCAACCAUGUCGGAGUCGACAUCAAUGGCUUAGAUUCCAUCACAUCCGCUCCUGCAGCUUACUUCAGUAAUAUGAGCGGCAGGUUUAAGAAUCUAAGCCUUAUAAGUGGAGAACCGAUGCAUGUUUGGGUAGAAUACAAUGGUGUCCAAAACCAACUCAAUGUAACAUUAUCUCCUAUCGACUUACCUAAACCUGAUCUUCCACUCUUAUCAUCCAUGGUGGAUCUUUCAUCGAUCAUGUUAGACGACAUGUAUAUUGGUUUUUCUUCAUCAACCAUGUCAGUUCCAUCAUCUAGUUACAUCUUGGGAUGGAGCUUUAAGAUGAACGGUCAAGCUCCGGCCCUUGAUUCCUCGCGCCUUCCUAAACUUCCACGGAUAGGACCCAAAAAGAAAUCGGAGCUUUUAACAAUUGGGUUGCCAGUAAUUGUGCUAUUUUCCACCUUAACAGCUAUCUCAGCUGUUGGUCUCAUCGUGAGAAGGAAGAUCAAGUUCGCUGAAAUACUAGAGGAAUGGGAACACCAAUAUGGGACCCACCGGUUCUCGUACAAGGAUCUAUUCAUGGCCACUAAAGGCUUCACAGACAAAGAGCUCCUGGGGGUCGGAGGUUUUGGGAGGGUUUACCGAGGAGUUUUAUCGGCCUCAAAGAUGGAAGUGGCUGUGAAGAGAGUCUCUCAUGAAUCUCGACAAGGGAUGCGUGAAUUCAUAUCUGAGAUCAUGAGCCUGGGUCGCCUUCGUCACCGGAACUUGGUGCAACUUCUCGGCUACUGCCGGAGAAAGAGAGAGCUCCUACUGGUCUAUGAUUUCAUGCCCAAUGGAAGCUUAGACAAGUCCCUCUUUGAUCAUCCAAAUUCGAUGCUGACAUGGAGUCAACGGUUUGGGAUAAUCAAAGGAGUAGCCUCAGCGCUUCUAUACUUGCACGAGGAAUGGGAGCAGGUGGUUCUUCACAGAGACAUCAAAGCCAGCAAUGUUUUAUUAGAUAACGAGAUGAACGGUAGAUUAGGCGACUUCGGCCUUGCCAGAUUGUACGAUCAUGGGACUGAUCCACAGACGACCCACAUGGUGGGGACCUUCGGAUAUCUUGCACCGGAGCUGACUAGGACUGGGAAGGCCAGCACAAGCACUGACGUGUUCGCAUUCGGAGCUUUCAUGCUCGAGGUUGCUUGCGGGAAGAGGCCCAUCGAUCCCCAAUCGUCGGCGGAUGAAGUGAUCUUAGUCCAAUGGGUGUGGGAAUGCUGGAGGAGAGGGACAAUUCUGGCGGCAGCGGAUCCGAAACUGUUACUUGACUAUGUGAUGGAGGAGAUGGAGUUGGUGCUGAAGCUUGGAUUACUAUGCUCGCAUCGGUUUUCAGCCGCAAGGCCGAGCAUGCGGCAAAUAAUGCAGUUUUUGGACCAAGAUGUACCUUUACCCGAGCUCUCAUCCGAUGGUCUGGGUGCGGCGAUCCUGUCAGUGGGCCAUUAUAAAGGGUCCGAUGAUCUACGCGUGUCAUAUACUUCUUCGGAACAGGGGCUUGCAAGCACAUCAUCUGUGACAGGGUCGGUACUCUCCGGUGGUCGUUGAUGGACGAUGGUAAGGUGUUACACAGUGUUGUAUUCUCAUUUUGGCAUGAAUAUAUUACAUCUUAUAUAUAUACACA